AAUAACGAAUAGUCUAACUUUAACAGGUAGUGAUGGUAUCGUGUGUUUGAAAGUAUUGUUGGUCUUCUGUAAAUUCCCUAAUAAAUAGAAGAAAUAUUAUUUACAAACGCUUUAACUAACUCAACAAAUAGUAUAUCAAUGGAAGAAAAUAUUAGAGAAACUGAAGAAAACAAUAAUAGUACUCGUAAACGUAUACAUAAUUUAAUUCAACCCCGAAAACAAAUUCUAACCAAUCUUACUUUCCUAAUAAUAUUUACAAUAUAUUUUAUUUUGGCAACAUAUUAUUAUGUACAAAAUAAUCCACCUGGCUGGGAAUAUUUUGGGUACACUACUUGCACAGGAUAUGGUUUUCUUGUAAUUAUAUAUGCUUUCACCAUAUAUGGAUAUUUAAAGUUCUAUCUGUUAAGAACAUCUACUUAUUUAUUAAUUAAAAAUGAUAUUUUGAAGUCAACAUUCUUCAAAUUGAAUAAAGCUAUUAAAAAUAAUGCAGAAUCAUCUGUGAUAUUAAGAAAUUUAAAUAUAGUAUUUUAUGCAGCUGUGAUAAUAGCAAUUGGUAUAUACUUAGCGUUAGAUACACAACAGAAUAGAUUACGAUUAAUACCAGUAUCAGGAUUGAUCAUAUUCUUGAUAAUUGGGUUUCUGUUUUCCAAUAACAGAUCUAAGAUCAAAUGGAGAACGAUUGUUUGGGGUAUUAUUUUGCAAUUUGUUCUUGGACUUCUCACAAUUAGAUGGAAUGUAGGACGAAAUAUUUUAGAAUGUAUAGGAGAUAAAGUUGAUACUCUUUUAAACUAUGCCUUUAAAGCAGCUGAGUUCCCUUAUGGCGUAGAACUAGUCAAAAAUCAGCAACUAUUUGCGUUUAGAUCUCUGUCAACAGUAUAUUUCAUAAGUUUUUUGGUAAAUAUUUUAUAUUAUUAUGGUAUUAUGCAAAACAUAGUUCUUGCUAUCGGCAGUUUAUUAAAAUUAAUAAUGGGUACUUCAAUAUGUGAAAGCGUAAACAGCGCUGCCAACAUUUUUUUGGGAAUGACUGAGGCUCCUCUGAUUUUAGCUCCUUAUUUGAAAGAUCUAACUGCUUCAGAAAUACACUCAGUUAUGACUUCAGGAUUCGCCACCGUUGCAGGUUCUGUUAUGGCUGCCUAUAUCAGCUUCGGUGCUAGACCACAAGAUUUAAUAACAUCUAGCAUUAUGUCAGCUCCAGCUGCUUUAUGUUACAGCAAGCUGCUUUAUCCAGAGACCGAGGUGAUUAGAAUGAAGAAGAAAAAUAUUCAGCAAAUGAAAAUAGAAUACAAUUCCGUAUUAGAAGCAGCUACAAAGGGUGUAGCAAAUGCGAUAAACUUAGUUCACGGGAUUAUCUCUGGUGUAAUAGCCUUUUUAGCAGCAGUGUAUUUUAUCAAUGGAAUAUUAGGAUGGAUAGGAGAAUUAGUCGGUCAGACAGAACCAUAUUGGUCCCUUGAAUUAAUUACUGGAAAAAUAUUUAUUCCUAUCAGUUAUAUAAUGGGCGUUCCUUGGAGAGAAUGCGAAAGUGUCGGUACUUUAAUCGGUAUUAAAACCAUGGUUAAUGAGUUUGUUGCUUUUGAAAGGAUGGGUGUCAUGGCUAAAGAAAAUUUGCUAGGUCCACGUACAAAAGUUAUAGCCACUUACGCCAUAUGUGGUUUUUCUAACCCGGCCUCCAUAGGAAUUAUGAUAUCAGCUCUUAAUACAUUAAUUCCCAAUAAAACAGAUGUUAUCACCAGAGUGGUAAUGAGAGCCUGGUUUGGUGGAGCGAUAGUAUGUUUUAUGACAGCAUGUAUAGCAGGCAUUGUGAUGCCUGAGGAAGCCCUCUAGAUUAACUUAGUUUGUGGAGUCUACAGCAAGGUCCGUAAGACUGACGGGACGGACCUGAUUAUUUAUUACGAAAUGAAUAAAGAAGCUAUGUUGUCUAUUA